GCAUUGACUUUCAGGUAUAUGAGAAGUCACUGUGGCCCACAGCGACCACUAGGAAAAAAUUAUAAAUUCAGUAUGGCACCCAUUUUAGAUUGGAAGAAGCUUAUGAAAGUUGAUCCAGAUACCCUGCCUCAUCAAGAGAAACUAGCAGACAGGUUGCUGGAGAUUGUGUCCAAGGUUGAUGGGAAAGAUUUAAAAACUGAAACUCUGGAACAACUGAUACACCUUUUUAAAAUUACUCAGACACUAUUGAGGAUGAAAGUUCAAGAGGUAGAGCUGGCACUAGAAGAAGUUGAAAAAGCUGGGGAAGAGCAAGCCAAAUGUGAAAAUCAAUUUAAAACAAAGGUGAUGAAACUUCAAAAUGAAUUAGAGAUGGCACAAAGAUCUGCUGGUGGUCGUGAUACUCGUUUUCUGCGUGAUGAGAUCCGCCAACUGGAAAAACAAUUAGAACAAAAAGAGAGACAGUUAACGGAUACAGAAAAAGAACUGGAAAAAGAGAAGAAAGUGAAUGAACAGCUUGCUCUUCGAAAUGAAGAUGCCGAAAAUGAAAACAUCAAAUUAAGGAGAGAGAAAAAACACAUAAAGAAAAAGAAUGAACAAUUGCGUCAGGAUGUAGUUGACUAUCAGAGGCAAAUAGAUUCUCAAAAAGAAACAACUCUGUUACGAAGAGGAGAGGAUUCUGAUUAUAGAUCACAGUUGUCCAAAAAGAACUUUGAGCUUGUCCAGUAUUUGGAUGAAAUUCAGAAUUUGACUGAAGCUAAUGAGAAGUUAGACAUUCAAAACCAAGAAAUGAGGAAGAAUCUUGAGGAAUCAGUGCAAGAAAUGGAGAAAAUGACUGAUGAAUAUAACAAAAUGAAAUUAAUUGUGCAACAAUCUGAUAUUGUUAUGGAUCAGUUAAGAAAAGAGAAAGAACAGUACAAAUUUCAAGUUCAGGAGCUUUCAGACCAGCUGAAAGCAAAGAAUGAAGAAGAUGAUCCACUCAUGGCAGCUGUAAAUGCAAAAGUUGAAGAAUGGAAGAAAAUCUUAGCUUCAAAAGAUGAUGAACUCCUAGAGUAUCAGCAAAUGUUGUUUCACUUGAAAGAGAAAAUGAAAAUGGCCCAACUUGAUGUUGACAGAAACAGUAUACUGGCCCUUCAGCAGGGUGUGCAAGACCGAGAUGCUCAGAUAAGAUUGCUUACUGAGCAAGUUGAACAGUAUACCAAAGAAAUGGAACAAAAUGCAUUUGUUAUUGAGCAAUUAAAAAAUGAUCUCCAAAAAGAUAAAGGUCACUCAUCUCUUCCUCAGCAGAACCGUUUUGGGGAUAUGCAAGAAAAGUUAAAAUUGCUAGAAGAGAGAACUAAGGAGGCUGAGAAAUCAGCAGAAUUAGCAGAAGCAGAUGCUAAAGAAAAGGACAAAGAGCUUGUUGAGACUCUGAAACGAAUGAGGGACUAUGAACUGGGAAUAUAUGGUUUGGAAGAGGCUGUUGCUGAAAUAAAAGACUUAAAAAAGCAAAUCAAAAUACGAGAUCAUGAGAUUGAAACAUUAGUUAAGGAAGUCAAUAAACUUGAACUUAAAAUAAAUGAUUUUCUUGAUGAAAAUGAAGAACUCAGAGAGCGCUUAGGGCUUGAGCCAAAGGCAAUGAUUGAUUUAAAUGAAUUUAGAAACAGCAAAGGACUGAAGCAGCAGCAAUAUAGAGCUGAAAACCAGAUUCUUUUGCAAGAGAUUGAAAGACUAGAAGAGGAAAGAAUUGAACUGAAAAAACAGAUUCGUAAGUUUGCUCAGGAUAAAGGAAGAAGAGUUGCAACAAUAGGAUUGGAUGCUGGUGAUGUGCAGAUAACUGAUAGCUUUACUGAAGAGAAGGGAAUGAGUAAGAGGACAUUGGAUUUUUUGAACAGGCAUGAUAUUGCUGAAGUAAAAGCAAAGGCUAGUGGGUCAUGUAGUGUGGAAGAGAGAAACACACUUGCAGAUAGAGAAGCACCAGUUAGACUUUUGAAGUCAGAGAAAGAUGUAGCGGUCAGAGAAGGAAAGAAAUGCCUAACAGAAUUCUUGCAAGUAAAAACUUUGGAAAGUGGACUUGAAAAUGGACAGUCAGAACACUCAGAUCAGGUAGAUCCUGUUGAAAAUCUCAUAAAGCAGUUGAGGAGAGACUUAGCCCUUCUUAGGUCACAGAAUGAGUAUCUUGCAAAUGAAUUAAGUGUGAGAGAAAGAGAUUUGGAGAACAGCAGGACUGUAAUAGCCAAAUUUCAAUCUAAAUUAAAAGUGUUAUCAGAAGAGAAUAAACACCUUGAACAAGGAAUGAAAGAAAUAUUGCAAGCUGUCAAGGACAUGCAGAAGGAUCCUAAUGUGAAGGGAGGAGAAACAGCCUUAAUAAUCCCUAGUCUGGAUCGCUUAGUUAACGCAAUGGAAUCAAAGAAUUCAGAGGGAAUCUUUGAUGCUAGUGUGCACUUGAAAGCUCAGGUUGACCAGCUUACAGGACGGAAUGAAGAAUUAAGACAGGAACUGAAACAGGCUCAGAAGGAGGCAACAAAUUUCUCUAAUCAGCUGGCAAAUGCAAAUGAAAAGUCAGAAGGUGCCAAUAUUGUCUUCCAAACAGUGAAUCUUCCAGAAGGAAUGGUUCCUUCAAGUGUUAAUAUGAUUAAUUCUCUGAAUGAGUAUUUAAUACGUCUUAUACAGGAGCUGGAAAAUAAAGAACAGUUACUUAAACAAUUAGAAGAUGCAGUAGAGGACUACAAACGAAAAUUUGCAGUAAUUCGUCAUCAGCAAGGCUUGCUGUAUAAAGAAUAUCAAAG